AAUAAAUUGUAUUUUAGUUUAGGUUAAUAAAAACAUUACAUUGUGGGUUUUAUAUUACAUUAUCUAGUAGUCCCAUUCGUUUCUCAACGUUGCGUUGAAAUGGAUCUCGAAGAGCGACAGUUGGCUACACUUGAGGAACAACUUUACUCUUCUAUUCAUCAUGGUUCUUAUGAAGAUCCAAGUUUAGUGCCGAGUACUGCAUCGAUUCCUGUACCAUUUCCACGCGUCGUUUCUCGAACAUUUGUAGUUAAUAAUGGGCAAACAAACCUAGCGUUGAAUAAGAAGCGAUACUGGACUACUUCUACCAGUGUAUCGAAAGAUCAAUUGCAGCCACCAAGUAUACCAAAACCAUACCACAAUAACAAACCAACCAUGGAUACAAAACAGCCUACAGAUUUGGUAGCUGCUCAGCGAACCAGCAACGAACCUAAGAUGUUUCUAGCGCCGUAUCAAUCAUUACUCAACCACACAUCGAAUCCAUGUAUUAACGAAACUGAUUCAUCUCAUGUUGAAACAGUAACUGAUAAUGCAAACACCUCGGAACAGCAGGUGAUACAAAAGUUUUCUCGUAAAACAUCAGGAUUAGACUUGAAAAAGAAAAAACAAAGUUCGCAUCCUGUCCAGGCAGUGAACAAAAAAUUAUCCAGCUUAAUGAAGCUAGUUAACAAAGAUAGGAAAGAAAAUGCCAUGCAAAUCAUGGGCUCAAAAAAAGCAAAAGCUAACCAAGUGCGAGCACGUAAACGACAGCAACAUAUCGUUGCACAAAUCACGCUGGAUUCAUCGGAUGACGAAUGCCGCUCGCGAACAGUGCAUCAAGCUUCAACCGAUGUUCCGCUUUCGUCCGAUGGCGAAACGGACGAGGUUGAAAUAAUACCUGCACCGCCCCCACUUCAAAUCUGCAUCGACUGUAGUGAUGAAGAGGCGGCUCGUGAUAGUUUUGCGCUUCCGAAGGCAAAUAAGAAAAGGAAAAACAAGAAACUCCCUACCUCCGUUUCGCCACGCUGCCUUAGUCCCUCCAACAGUUCGAUCUUGUCGGAUGAUUUCAUCGGGCAGCACGAUCGUUGUCGGUUGAAUGAAAGCUUUACCGAAAGCAUACCAAACGAUGAUGAGCUUGAAUGUUCGAUGAAAGGAAUUCAUCAUUCUGUUUCAGGGAAGCCGAACAAAGAAACUUGCCCGAUGCGACGUGAACGCGCUCCCUCUAUUUCUUCGGAAGAUACGAUUUGUACAAGUGGCUCCACUGAUCAAGAAAAGCGAACUCACGAGUGUGGUAAAGAAAUUUCGUCCCUUACAAGGCCUGCUUUAGUUGGAGAGGCAGACGCCAUUGGUAUCACUAAGAGCAAAAAAAAUGACAACGCAUCUAAAAAAACUCCCGCAAAGGCAAAAGUGGCAAAAGCAUCUCAAGAGGCAGUCUCUACCCCAGUAACCGGUGUUGGGAGUGAGAGUAUUGCGAAACGACUGUCCGGAAAAUCGAAAACUAGAUGCAAAUCGCCUGUAAGUUUAGCGUUGGAACUGACCUGCAAGCAGUUUCAAUCUAAAAAUUCUCGCACAGGAUCCGCUAAAAAGAAAACUAAAGCAAAGAACAGCGAUACCGUCACAUCUAGCUCAACAUUGUCAGAGCAUUGUAUUAAUCUUCUGGUAACUGAUUCCAAAGCUAGAUCCCCUAAAAGACAUCAUCUGUCAUUUGUAGAAGACAAUGUAUCUUCUGAGAGUGAUUAUGACAUUUCUUUACUACCAGGUAAAGCGGCUUCUUCUACAAAUUUAACAGAACAUUCAUCCAAACAACUAACAACAUCGUUGUUAGAUGAAAUGGUUGAUAUUUCAUCUGAAAGCGAUUACAACGAGUGUUUCAACAAAAAGAGCAAACCUAAUGAAAAACAGCCAUCGGCAAAGAAUCCAAAAAAAAGGGCUGAUCUUAAAAGAAAGAAAUACAACUCGGAAACUUUUUCCGACGAAGAUUUUGCUUGCCUGCUGACGGACAUUGUCCGGGCCGUAUCGGAUUCCGAAGAUGACGACGAUGAUAUGGAGCUAGGAGAACAGCAGCCUGAUAUGGGAUUAUCAGUAACUAAUGAAGCAACCCUUGCUCUCCAACAAAAACCUGUUCGCAAGAAAACGAAAAAAACCAAGAAAGUGCCAUUAGAAGUUGAUUCUAUGAUGGCGGAUAGUGAAGCAGCAACUCAUAAGAAAGCUACCCGUUCCGAAAAACGACAAUCAGUUACGCCUGUGGAAUCUGUGAAGAAAAAGAAAAAACUAAAAGAUGGAAGAUUGGGGGCUGCUACUUCGCUCCCGUCAAGCGCGGACAGUGUUAAGGAUAAAGAGCAAAAUGAAUGUCAGUCUUUGCCACAAGCGCAACAGAAAAAACAGAACUCAACCCAGGAGCGGACUACUUCCAUCUGCGAAGUCAUCAGUGAAUCGGAUGAUGACAUUGUUCAAAUCAUCGAUGCGAACCACUUGAAUACUUCAAUAGAUUCCAGCAACCAUCACAAAAAAACACAAGCCACAGAUCACGCGUUCGCGUGGAAUGAAGAAAUGACACUGUUCUACAAUGAACCAUGGAUGGAAGGAAAUUUCACAUUAGACUCCGUCUUGGAAAGCAUGCCACGCGAUCCCAAUCUUUGGUUUAUAGUGCAAAAGGAUCGGUACCCUGACCCACCCAGGAAGGAGUCCACUUGCACCAAUUGUGGUGAUCGUGGUCACAUCAAAUAUAGAUGUCGCAAUAGACCCAAACCUUCCAUUUGCUACAUGUGUGGCGACGUCGGCCACCUGGAACCGCGCUGCCCAAAAACCAUAUGCUUGAUGUGUGGUGCCAAAACGCGGCACUUUGUUCGAGGAUGUAAGGCGUGUUCUCGUGAAGUUGACAUCACUUGCUAUACAUGUGGUGUACGCGGCCAUUCUCAACGAAACUGUCCGGAUCUUUGGCGCCGAUAUCAUAGUACGACUGAGGACAAUGUUCCACUGAACGAAAAGUUUGAAAUCAAUCAUGCGGUAAAAGGAUGCUGUAUAUGCUCAAAACUUGGCCACGAAGCUCAUAAAUGUAAUGCGGCGCUGCGUAUUUUUGGACAUGCGAUUCCCAACAUGAACGUCAAAUCUUACAUGCCAUCCUAUCGUGGAGAAUACAACCGAUACCAAAAGCACCAGUUGGAUGAGCAACAAAAACGGAUUGCAUCGGAUCCAACAACUCGGUAUAAUUUGUUCAGUUACAAUGCAAAGAACAGCGAGCUGAAUUUGGAAGAACUACUGCAAAACGAGGAUGGAUUCUACUAUCGCUUUUGCAAAGCAACGGGGUUGCUUGAGAAGCGUGUGCAACUGCAGCAAAGCGAGAUGGAUGAUAGAAUUCAGCUUGAAGAACAGCUUACUGAAGCAGAAUUAUCAUUCGAAAAUAAGGUAGACCCCGAACCCGUAGACAUCAAUGCAGCUGAAGAAAGAAGCCUGCCUGUUGGACAGCCAUUGGAACAAACAUCGAACAAUGUUCAACAGAGUAACGAUGAAAACCUCAUUAAGCAGCCCUGCAAUGUGUCAGUGGUGGAAGAAAACUCCAACUAUAGCUUUUCCGAGUUCCUCACAGAGGAAACGGAUGUGGAUGGUGUCCAUAGUGGUGGUAAUGAGAAAAAUGAAACAGAACUUUCCGCACCUGUUGCAGAAGAUGAAUGUGCUCCCGUUGCAGAUAAAGAGCUUGCGCCAGUUGCAGAAGACAUUGCACAGGAUACCCAUGUAGCGGCCAGUUUCAUUCCUCUUGAUAACAACACAAAUGCGCCGCAAGGCGUAAUAGUGAGCAAACCGGAUGAUCCUGCAAUAUCAAAAGUGUGCGAUGCGAGAAUUUUCCUUACAAAAGCACAUGCUCAGGUGUUGCUCUCUCCCAAAGGCGCUGAAUAUAUGAACGAAGCCUGUAAGAAAUUUGCUGUUAAAGUGCAUAUUACUUUCGAAUCCAUCGGUAAUAUUGUGCUCGUCUCCGGUAUACCAGAAGAUCAAAAUCGUUUCCACACGGAUCUGAUAAGCUACCUAACAGGCACAGAUAAAUCAGCUACUGACAAGAAGGAAAUUAAGAUGAACCUCAAUCAUAUGCCUCGUUUAUGCUACAAAAUGGAACACUUCAUUAGGAAUCAUAUGAAGCCGUUGUCUUCGAAUCUUGAUGUGCACUUGUUGUUAAAACAAUACGAAGAAACAAGUAAUGACCUAAGUGAUAAAAUACGUAAAACCCGGCGACGGAAACUAAAUAUAGCUUUGUUCGGACAGUACGGCAUGCGAGAAGGAAGGAAGCAUAUGAAUUUUCUAAGGGCGCAAUUGAAGUGGUGCUCACAAGCAGACUCAAUGACCGUCCUCAGUGCCAGUCAUCGGAAUGAAAUCGCCGAAGCAAUUCAGUAUAUAUUCUCAUCAAUGGAUCACUCAGAUUACACGCAGAUCGUGAAAGAAUACGAAGAGCUAAGUAAAUCCAAAAAAUUACAAGCAUUCACAUGGAAGGGUUUCGAAAUGCCAGCGCAUCUGUUGGGAAAAAAAACGAACACAUUUGGAGGAACGAGACGGUUUGAUAAGCAAGGUAAUAAUUUCUCGAGUUCCAACAAUGCGAAUUGUCCCCCGAACGGUCUGAUACUGAACACGUGUGACCAGCUGAUUGAUCCAGUUCGCCUGAGCUUGCUCGACGGAAUGACGCAGUUUGGCCAAGCGAGUGUCUACAAUCCGUUUCCGUAUGAAACAGAGCAUCAUCCUCAUCAUCAUCAGAGAAAUGGCAAUUUUCCCUCGUAUGAAACAGAACAGCGGUACACGAACUACGAUCAGGGCGUAUGGAGAAACAAUCGCACGCCGAAGAGGAAUCAAUACCGUUGGUACAGAAACUCAAACUCGAACGAAAACAAGACAGACUCUGUUGAUUUAUCACGUCUGGCUGACAGGGCUCAUAAUCUUCGGCUGAAGGAGAUGGAUUUUUUGGAAGGUUUGGAACGUUUUUUGCAGUAGUAGGUUUUGUAUCGAUAUAGGCAUUGUCGUAUCGCAAUUGUUGUACAAAUGUAAAAUAAAGAAUCGUUGU